CCUUGUCAUGUGUCGUCGUAGAGGGAAAGGUAUAAGUCCGGGUUAGGAGCGUUGUAACAUCGUGUGCUUCGGGAAUAGCUAGCAAAGGUUGCUGGAUUUAGGACUUGAAUGGAAGUCCGAGGAUGGUACUUGUAUUUAAAGAGCAGGAGCUCAUCGCUUAUGGUAGGUUCGAAAUACGGAGAAUAUUCCAGAUAACAUAAAAUCACGAAGUAUUUGGCCGUUGUCUCAUCUUGAAAUCAACAAUUGUUUCUACGUAAAUACACGAUGGUCAAGCUCGACGUUGUCCGGGUCGCGAACGCGGCGCUUGCGGACGGGACGAGGACGUUCACAGCAGUCGUAACCGGUGGAACUGCCGGAAUCGGGAAAGCUACGGUAAGGGCGAUUGCGACUACCUUUGCCAGUCGCGGAAGUAGAGAUGAGCGUCGUGGCUUCCUUCGCGUACACAUUGUCGGUCGGAACCGGGAGGCGGCCGGCAAGAUCAUUGCAGAAUGCGAGGCGGCUUGCCCGGGAGGUAUAUUUCGGUUCCACGGGGGCGAUCUGUCACUAUUGAAGGAAGUCGAUCGCAUAUGCAGCGAGAUCAUCGAGAUCGAGAGACGGGAAGCAGAUGCGCCAGCGAAGAUCGACUUUCUGGUAUGUUGCCAGGGGGUCCUGUCACUGACACCCGAAGAAUCCAAUGAGGGUCUCGACAAGUACUUCAGCCUAUACUAUUACUCACGUAUGCGCCUCAUGGACCGAUUUCUCCCACUGCUAACCGCAUCUCCAAACGGCGGGCACGUGGUCUCGGUAUUCAACUCAAGUGUGCAGGCCUCGGUCGUUCUCGAUGAUUUAACCCUGCGGAGUCCGCGCAACCAAGCACUUCGGGGACGGUUCGCGCAUUGGGUCGGCAUGACUAACAUCUUCAUGGAAGAACUGGUGCGCCGUAACCCGGGUCGCCUAAGUUUAUGCCACUACCACCCGGGAUUUGUCCCCACAGACAUCGCAAAGAAUAGUAAUCUCCCGUGGUACCUCAAGUUUCUGGUGACGUAUAUAGCAACCCCGUUAUUAUGGCCCUUCUUGGUUCCCUUUGAGGAGUGCGGGCAGCGUGUUUUGUUCAUGGCUUCUCCGGCGAUAUUCCCAGUACAAGUGUCUAAAGAUAAGGAGACGGCGACGGGGUUGGUGAAAGACGUCGAAGCGGCGAUUGGGAUCGAUGGAAAAGUCGGCAGUGGGGUUUAUUUAGUGACUAAAGACAACGAUACGUUUGGCAAGGAGAAGAAGUACGCAGAGCUUCGCGCGAACGGAACUGCGGAAAAGAUCUAUCAGCAUACUAUGGCCGUCUUUGCGAAGAUCGAGGCAAGUGGGGUGUAUACAGACUGAUGCCGUUCUGAAGUAGAGUUGGCUUCUAAAUUGAUAGUACGUGCCUAAAUUAAUAAGCUCUGCAAAAGCACAUUUCAUAUAAACCCGUAUCGUCGCAGG